UGUUCUGUCAAAGACGGCACACAAAAGCGUUGUAGAAUCACAUGGUUGGUCAUUCUCAACCAAAUCGUUAGAUGUGAAACUCCACUGUUGCUUAAAUAUUUCAUUUUAUUUCUUUGUCAUUAUUGUUGUGUUGAAUAUUUUUGGGAAAAAAAUCGACGCUUUUGAUUUGAAAUAUUGUCAAAGUGCAAAAAUUCGUAUUACUUGUAAAAGUAUGAUAAAACAAAAGUAAAUGUUGUAAACGUCGUGUUGAAAUCGCAAGAUGAAACCAUCUGAAACCAUUCCAUCUCCAGAACGGAGAUCAUCGAGACUGGCUACAAAAAUGAAGAAUACUCCACCGUCGAUGCCGCUAGCUAAGAAAAGAAAGAAGAAAUUGAAAACGGACUUUUUGUCACUGAACAACGAUACACUGGACGAAAUAUGCGAAUGGUUGCCGUUAAAAUCUUUGGCUGCAUUCGGAAUGACGUGCAAACGAAUCAAUCAAGUAGCCAGUAAUUAUUUUCGUCGAAAACACCCGGCAAACUACGUCCUCCUCAGCUCAUCGAAUGGAAAAGUACAGUUACAUCCGAAAGAGCAAUACGUGCAGUGCUUUAGUGAACAAUUUCAUAACAUUGUGUUCCAUGGUGCUGAGAAAAACGUGCUCCAGUAUGCAGCAACAACAUUCAAGAAGAUACCGUUACGACGAAUCGGCUUUUUUGCUGCGGAUUAUUUAACCGAAGCACAUGCGAAAUGCAUCGAUGGAAUCAUCAAAAAAGCCGAUAUCAUUGAGUUCACGCGUUGCUCAUCAACCGGUGGACUCUAUGAAAUCCUAAAGCACUGUUCGAAUAUGAAGCAUUUAGCGUUGAAAUCUUUCACCGAAUGCAAAACACACGGCCACAAACAUGAGUGGAUGUUACAACAAUACCCAACGCUUAAACACUUGCAUUGGGAUUUGUGCGGUAAAUUACCAGUCGAAUUGAUAAAUUUCUUCAAGAACAACCCGAACGUGGAUAGCUUCUACGGAACACAAGCAAUUUUACCGUUCAUUCGAGACCACAAUAUCAUGUUGAAAACGUUGGUUGUGAAAGUGUCGGCAGAUAGUACGGAGACCGUAUUUGAUCAAUUGAGAGAUCUUUGCGAUCAGAAUGCGGUUCAAUCGUUGUUUUUGAUGGGUGAUCUAAAACAAGUGAACAGCAAUCUACCAAUGCUGAACAAACUGACCGGAAUUUACGCCAUAGAUAUGACAACGGCAACGAUAUUACAAUCAUUUUCGCAUAUAAAACUUAUCAACACGACAAUCACAGCAUUGACGCAAGCCACACAACUAGCCCAUGGAUUAGUUAAUCUGGAAGAAGCCUACUUGGAUGUGACUUUCAUCGAUUCUAUCAUGCCAUUUAUUCGGUUCGCACCGAAACUCACCAAGAUAUUCAUCAAUAAUACGGCUUCCAUGAGGCCGGGUUCCAAAUUGAGCCUUUCCAAAUUGGAAAAGCAACGAAACAAACUUGCCAAUGCCACAAAACUUACGGUUUACUUGAAAGAAGGAGCGUAUUUAAAAAUCAAAAAUAUGUCGAUCGGCUCGAAUUGCAGUACAGUGCAAAUCAAACCGAUUGAAGCACAUAUCACUAACAAUGUAUUCAUACGCACCAUUUUGGAUAUUUAGCACCAAAUUUUAUCAUUCAUUUUGUAUUGCUUUCAUUUGGCCAUAGUUUAAUCGUUCGGGAUAAAAUAAACACUUUUCAUCAACUUGUUAUGCAAAAAUUGAAGAUAAAUAAAUGUUCAUUUCGUCUUUUCAACAGCAAA